ACCGGACCACUCUCUAACUCCUGUCAAAUGAAUCGUUGAUGUCACCCACUUGUCUUCUCUGGAAGCUUGUCUCUGAGAAUUAUUUACUACGUAGUAUCAAUUCAAAGUGAUGAAAGUUUAUGGGAGACUAGAGUCUAAUCAUGAUUCCAUCUCCUCACCUCGUGGCCUUGGUUAGCGUUCCAUCGUGACUAUCCAAACCACCGGGAACAAACAACCGGCCUCUAGUAACACAACAUACCGGGUAGCUACCCCGCUAGCCACCCCCCGCAGUUCUUCUCCUCAUCAACCCCAGGUCCAAAAUAUUGGCAAAGAUGGAGAAGUGCAACGUUGAUCUGGGACCAUUCGGCCAUUUCAAGAUCGUACGAAAGGAUUUCGACUUGGGUCACCCCUGGCACUUAGACGAAAUACCUCGCUGCUCUAUGCAUAUCUGACCUCAUUCCCGCGAAUCAAACCCCUCGCCUUAUUCCUGGGCGUUUGCUUCUGCCUGAGCUGAUUUUCAGACCGCUUAUGCUAAGUUGCGGGCAGGAACGGGGAAUGCUGUUCCACAACAUCGGCACCACCCACUUGGGAGGGAAGAAGGUGCUCUAAGCCCAACCCUUGGACAAGGAACUUUGGAAGUAUAUUUAAGAUGGAAGGUUCCCAGGUUCCCAGCAGCAGGAACCUUCCUGCUCUUCAGUCCCAGACCUCAGCAUCAUUUUAAGCCAGUUUAGGUAACGGGCAAAUCUGAGCUUCGUUCGCAAAGUCAAGAUGAAGGGACCCUUCUUCACCCAUCUCACCACCGCCCUCACUGCGUUGUUGGGUAUAGGGGCAGUCACUGCAGAAACCUUCGACCCCAAUAAGGCUGGCAGUGUAGACUGGGACCUCUCAAAAAUCGGCACAGACAAGACCACCAAUGCGACGUUUUCGAACCCGGUGAUGACCGUCAAUGUUGGCGAUCCGUUCAUGACCAAAUACACCGCCGACGGCGAGGACUGGUACCUGUUCACGUACACGACGAACGAGAACAUCACCCUUAGACGCUCGCGAUACCUCACCGACAAUUGGGACCACGCCGAGACCCGUGCGGUGUUUGUCCCCGAUCCCACUAGCGGCGAACCAUGGUCGACGAGCCUGUGGGCGCCGGAGAUUCACAACAUAUCCGGUUCCUGGUACAUCAUCUUCACUGCCACUUCAGACGGGGAUAACCCACCGCCUUUGCUAGAUGCCCUGUGUCCGAUCAACUGCCCCGCGAUCAACCACCGCAUGUUCGUCCUCGCGGCAGAUGGUCCUGAUCCCUGGACGGCAAACUACGAAAUGAAGCCCAUGCUAGACACGUACGACCAGUUCGCCAUCGACGGGACGUACUUCCAGCACGAGGACAAGCUGUACCACAUCUACUCGUGCUGGGAGCAGAAGUACUCGGCGUGGCCGGCGAACCUCUGCAUAACCGCGAUGUCGGACCCGUGGACCGUGAACUCGACCCUCCUCGAGCGGCGCACGAUCUCGAUCCCCGACGAGCCCUGGGAGCAGGUGCCGUACGGGCGGCCCAUCCGGCUCGCGACCAACGAAGGGCCGCAGCAGCUGACGAACCCGCAGACGGGGCAGCACUUCGUGGUGUACUCGGCGGCGCGCGUCAACACGCCGUUCUACUGCCUGGGCUUGCUCGAGCUCGUGGGCAACGACCCGAUGGAGUACCAGUCCUGGCGCAAGCACCGCGCCGGCUGCGUGUUCCACCAGAACACCGUCGCGGGCGUCUACGGCACGGGGCACGCCAGCUUCACCACCUCCCCCGACGGCGAGGAGAACUACCUCGUCUACCAUGCCCAGACCACCGCGAACCCCGGUGCGGACCUGUAUCGCACCGCGCGCGUGCAGAGGUUCACGUGGAAUGAGGACGGCACGCCGAGGUUCCCGUUGGCGGAGAAUGGACCAUUUGAUGUGCCCGCUGGCCAGCAGGCGUUGACGACGAAGUGAGUGAAUGAACGAAUGAAACGACGAGUAAUGCAUAGGUACCUUAGGUCA